AAAAUAAUAAAACGACUGAUUAUUUCAGCCAAAAUAUAAUGUCGGAACCACCAAAGAAAGGGCGCCUUUUUGCACUGCAACAACUGCCUUCGGCUGUAUUAUGCUCCACAGGAGCGAUCGUCCGUGUUUUUGGACCGCGAACGUCAUCAAGACCGACGCCGGAACCGUCUCUUGCCCCCGAUGCUGGUUCCAUGGAUAUCGUUACGCGACCGGCAGGAUCGGUGGAACAAAAGCGAAUAUCGCAGCCGUCCACUAGUGCGACGCCGGUACCGGCAUUUGUUCCCGCUGCUGGUUCCAUGCGUGUCAUUCCGCGGCCGGCAGGAUCGUCUGCGACGUCGGAAUCUUUUACUGCUCUCACUGCUGGUUCCGUGGAUAUCGCUACGCGUCCGGCAGGAUCGAUGGAACAAAAGCUAGGAUCGCAGCCCUCAACGAAAGCGAUACGUGGGAUGAUUCUUGUGCCUGCUAGUUCCGUGCGUGUUGUUCCACUAGCGACAAUGUCGUUAAAGCGUUCGCACAGAUCGCAGCUGUCCACAAGUGCGACGCCGGUACCAUCGGUCAUUCCCGCUGCUGGAUCCGUGGAUGGCAUUCCGCGACCGUUAGGAUAG